AUGACGCCGCCCCGCACCCCGUCCGACUCUGACGAAGACGUCUUCGACGGCGGCCCCGCCGGCGCGCAAGUCCUUCCGCCCUCCCCACCUCCUGCAUCCCCUGCGCCCUGCGCGCCCCCCACCGGCACCACAUGGAGUUCGCCGCUGGGCUGGUCCGUCUUCUUCCCUGACGCCGCUGAAAACGACCCUGCCUGCGCCGGCCGCGCAAAGGCCGUGCGCACGCUCCUUGCCUUCUUCGCCUCCCCGCCGGGCCACCGCCUGCUCACCUCCAUCCCGUGCGACACCUUUACACUCCCUCUGGACUUCCACCACCUCGCGCACCGCUCCUCGCCGCCCGUUCUGCGCGGCAUAGCCGCUGCCAUCCCUGACGCCCCCGACGACUCGCUCGCCUCCAUCGGCUUGGCCGCCUGUCGCGCUGUCGAACGCCUGGCGGGCGCCGCAAACGACCAGAGGUUUCCCGGUAUGCAAGACUUGAAUAUCUCUAGGGAGAAUCGCCUCUGGCCGAGGGUGUACAACUUUGCCCCGGUCACAGCCAUGAAGAGCCUCCGCGGCAACUCGGUCGGCAAGUUUGUCACAAUUAAGGGCACCGUUGUCAGGGUCUCCAACAUUCGCCAGCAGCUGGUUUCCAUGCAGUUUGAGUGCGCAAAGUGCGGGGAGAACCAGUUCAGGUCGUUUGUGGAUUAUAAGUACAGCGUGCCGUACAAGUGUCCCACCGACAAGUGCCGCUCGAAGAUGUUUGCUCCGUUGAGGGAGACGGCAGAAACGGUGGACUGGCAGAAGAUCCGUGAGGGGCGCAUGCCGAGGACUAUUGACGCCGAGCUGUUUUCAGAUCUCAUCGAUACGUGUAUUCCGGGCGAUAUUGUCACCGUUUGCGGCACCGUUAGAGUGUCAGCGGUGGAGAAUGGAGGGGGUAACAAGGCCAAGUGUCUGUACUACAUGUAUCUCGAGGCGAACUCUACAAGCACAAGCCGAAACAGAAAUGCCUCUGCGAAAGAUCCUUUUGGCUUCCUUGUUCAUUCUGCGGUUCCGUCCAUCUAUGGUCACGAAAUUGUGAAGGCUGGACUUCUGUUGUCCUUGUUCGGGGGCUCUCCCAAGGAGCGUAUAGGUCCGUCUUCUACUUCAAAGCCUAUUGCUAUUCGCCGCGAUAUCCACUGCCUUGUUGUUGGAGACCCGGGUCUGGGCAAGUCGCAAAUGCUAAAGGCCAUCUCGAACAUAGCUCCCCGCGGUGUUUACGUAUGUGGGAAUACGACCACGACAGCAGGCCUGACUGUGACUGUUGUACGAGAGGCAGGCGGGGAUUUCGCACUGGAGGCUGGGGCACUUGUACUGGGCGACCGUGGAGUUUGUUGCAUUGAUGAAUUCGAUAAAAUGGGGGCAGAGCACGGUGCUUUGUUGGAAGCAAUGGAACAGCAAAGCGUGAGCGUCGCGAAGGCUGGGUUGCUAUGCAACUUGAGCGCUCGCACGACUGUGGUGGCUGCGGCAAACCCCGUUGGCGGGCAUUACGAUCGCUCACGGACUGUGUGCGAAAACCUGAAAAUCGCACUUCCUUUGCUGUCGCGAUUCGACAUCGUAUUUAUCUUAAUGGACAAGGCAGACCAUGCGAGGGACCAGUUCAUCUCGGAACAUGUGAUGAAAAUGUUCGGCAUGCGUUCUUCCAACCAAUCAGACCUGGAAGGGGAGACUCAUACAUCGCUACAAAACCGGCUGCGAUCGAUGCGAGUGUCGGACCCGUUACCCCCGCGUCUCUUCCGUCAGUACAUCGCCUACGCGAGAGCGCACGUACAUCCCGCGCUUUCCGAAGGCGCCAAGCGAGAGUUCCAAGAAUUCUACCUGCAGCUGCGCAAGAGCACGCACGAGCAGUCGAUCGACACGACGCCGAUCACAACGCGGCAGCUGGAAAGUCUAGUUCGGCUAGGCGAAGCGCGAGCGCGAGCCGUGAUGCGCACGGUGGUGACGGCGCAGGACGCGCGGGACGUAAUCGAAGUCAUGCGCGAAUCGAUGAUCGAAACGCUGACGGACGAGAGCGGGACGCUCGACCUCGGCAGGGCCAGCGGGAUGAGCAGGAGUCGCGAUGCGAGACGGUUUGUCAGCGCGAUGCAUGCCGAGGCGAAGAGAGGGAGGAGCGCGAUGUUUAGUAGGAAGAUGCUUCGGGGCGUGGCGGAGAGUAUCGGAAUAAGCGGGGAGCGGUUCCAGACGCUCGUAGAGACGGUGAAUCAUCAGGGGUACUUAAUGAAGAAGAGGGGUGGGAAAUGGGAGCUGCAAGGGUCGUCUUUUGCAGAUGAGGGAUACGGAUGA